CGAAGAUCGUCUUCAGUUGCUUAAGAUCGAUUUAACUGUACGAUCUGUUUUUGGUUCUUUUUGCUGGCCUAAGACUGAUUCGUUAAUCGUUAAGUGAUCGUGGUUUAAUUUAUUUAUAUUUCGAUUUAAUCAAACUUCUACGUAUUAUUGGCUGUGAUUUUGUGUGUAAAGUUAACUUUUUUAUAUUUUUUUAAUCUAAUUUUUUCCGAACGUUUAAAUAAACAAAACGAAAACAACAUGAGCCUUCGUGCAGUAUUUUGCAUGGUGCUCGCCAUCUUGCCGUUGCAAGAAAUUCUUGCCGCCCGCGUAGUUGACAAAGAGAACCGCAGGUUAAUCUUAGAUAUUAACGACAAGAAAACUACAAAUACUCAAUACUAUACCUCUAACUUUGACACAAGUGCCUACCGUUACGGUUACGAUAUCGGUGAGACCGGUAAUUUUCAUCAUGAAUCACGUGGCCCGGAUGGGGUUACGUACGGUUGUUAUGGAUGGAUUGAUCCAUAUGCCGUUCUGAGGGUAGUGCAUUAUGUAGCUGAUGCUCACGGCUAUAGGACCGUUGAGCCUGAGAAACCGGUAGAGGUCUUCCCUGAGGCUGGUGAUAGCUCGAUGCAGAGCGAUGGAGACCGAGCCAAACGAGUGGGUGUUAAUGUAGAUUGGCGAGAUUUAUACUUCCCAGUUGGGUGUGGUAAAUUUGAAGGCGGAGCUAGACCAAAUUACCCAAUAUUCGCAUUUGACUCAGAUGACACUACGCAGCAGCCCGUUUUCGUUGGAGGUAAAAUUGCAUUCGGGCAGCCGAAAACAACUCCGGCUCCUCCAGUGAAAAUUCCAUUCGAUUUUGGAGGUUUAACAAACAAAGAUACUAACCAAAAGGGUCCAAUUGUUUUAAAAGGAUCCGCACAAGCAAGCUUACCAAUCUUUGGAAGCAGUGGCAAUCGACUUACAAGUGGGGGCAAGGGAGGUGCAGCAAAUCUAGCAGGUGGAGCUAGCAGCAUUAGAGGCAGUAGUAGUUUUAAGAAUGAUGGCUCGAAUGAUUCGGGCAAAUAUAGCCAUCUCGAUGGAGGAAAGGGUCCUGGAGCCGAUCCAUAUGAUCAUAUAACUGGCCAAAAUGGUGGAGUCGGUGGAUUUGGAUCAGGAGGAGGCUUAGGGUCAGAUGGUCCCAAUGGAUCUAAUGGUGGUCCUAACGGACCAAAUGGUCCUGGCGGUCCAAAUGGCCCUAACGGACCCAACGGUCCUAAUGGCCCGAAUGGGCCAAGCGGUCCCAAAGGUCCAAAUGGACCCGGAGGUCCCCCUGGUCCUCCUGGACCAGUCGGUGACGGAGGUAGAUUUGGGGUGGGAGAUAAUACAGGUGUUGGCCCACCAGGUAGAGGUGGAGGAUUCGGUUCUGGAGCUGGUGCAGGUAGUGGAACUGGAAUAAACAGAGGCCAAGGUGGAUCUUCCGGAUUUGGAGACAAAUAUAAUAGAGGUCAAGGUGGAUCGUCUGGUAUUGGAAGUGGAAAUGGCAAUGGUCAAGGUGGAUCAUCCGGAUUCGGAGGUGGAAACGGUAACGGACAAGGUGGAUCAUCCGGAUUCGGAGGUGGAAACGGUAAUGGCCAAGGUGGAUCAUCUGGUCUUGGAGAUGGAAAUAACAGAGGCCAAGGUGGUUCUUCCGGAUUUGGAGACAAAUAUAACAGAGGUGAAGGUGGAUCGUCUGGUAUUGGAAGUGGAAAUGGCAAUGGUCAAGGUGGAUCAUCCGGAUUCGGAGGUGGAAACGGUAACGGACAAGGUGGAUUAUCCGGAUUCGGAGGUGGAAACGGUAAUGGCCAAGGUGGAUCAUCUGGUCUUGGAGACGGAAAUAACAGAGGCCAAGGUGGUUCUUCCGGAUUUGGAGACAAAUAUAACAGAGGUAAAGGUGGAUCGUCUGGUAUUGGAAGUGGAAAUGGAAAUGGCAAUGGUCAAGGUGGAUCAUCCGGAUUCGGAGGUGGAAACGGUAAUGGUCAAGGUGGAUCAUCCGGACUUGGAGAUGGUAUAAACAGCGGUCAAGGCGGAUCUUCUGGAUUUGGAACAGGAAACAACAGAGGUCAAGGUGGAUCAUCUGGACUUGGAGACAGAGGUCAAGGUGGAUCGUCUGGUCUCGGAGGUGGAAAUAACAGAGGUCAAGGUGGAUCUUCUGGAUUUGGAACAGGAAAUAACAGAGGUCAAGGUGGAUCUUCUGGACUUGGAAGUGGAAAUAACAGAGGUCAAGGUGGAUCAUCUGGACUAGGAAAAGGCAAUGACGGACUAUUAGUUGCCGUAGGCACCAAUGUAAAUAAUGGUCUUUUUGGAAAUGAUCUUCAAGGAAUUGUAGGAUCCAAUGGCCUCAAUGGGGUUAACAACAACAAAAAUAACAACAGAGGCAGUACAAACAAACUAGACGUUUCUGACUACGGUUCUCAUAUUGAUAAUAAACUUGGUGAAGCCUCAAAUCCAUCUCCAUCAACAGUCAGUCCAAUAUCCAAAUAUAACAGCGAGGGAAGCUUCGUGCAAGGAACAAAAAAUACUGGCGGUGGAAAAUUCUCAGGGGAUGACAAUGAUGGCAAAUAUGUUGAACAACCCGUGCCAUAUAUUCAUAUUGAAGGUGAAGAUGGCCCAGGAGCUGAUCCUUAUGGUCAUGUGAUUGGUUCAGAAGGUGGUUUCGGAGGAAAUGGCGGAGUUGGGGGUGUUGGUGGUUUCGGUGGAGUCGGUGGUAAUGGAGCAGGUGGUCCUGGAGGACCACUUGGACCUUCAGGCCCACAAGGACCCAAUGGUCCAUUUGGAAAACCCGGCCCACAAGGACCUAAUGGACCUAAUGGUCCUAAUGGACCUAAUGGACCACCCGGCCCACUUGGAUUGUCUAAACCCGGUUCUGGUGGACCACCUGGACCCCCAGGCCCAUUGGGACCUCAAGGACCAAGUAGUACAGGUCCCGCUGGACCACCUGGGCCACCAGGACUACAAGGACCAACCAAAAAGGGUCCUGCUGGACCUCCCGGACCACCAGGUCACAGCAGUUUAGGAACACAAUCAUCAUCUAGCUCAAUUAAUCGAGGAAGCAAUAGCCAAUCAAACUUUAACAACAAUCAAAAACUCGGAUCUCUUAGACCUUCAGAAGAUAAUUCUGGCAAAUAUCAAAAUAUUAAUGGUCCACACGUUGGAUUAGGCAACAAUGGGGAAGUUGGAAAUGUGGGAAUAGGAGGUUUCGGAGGAUCAUCAGGAUCUUCGGGACCAAAAGUUUCUAACGGUCCUUCAAGAACUGCAGAUUCACAAGGUCCAAAUGGUUCAUUCGGACAAAAACCAAACACAAAUCAACAAACAAUCUCACUCACAGCCCAAUCGUCUGAUGAUCAAGGCAGUUAUGUUCAAGCUUUCAAAAACACUGGACAAGGUGACAGCUCAGGCCAAUAUGUAGAAUCUUUGGUGCCAUAUCAGCAUACUGAAGAUGUGCAUGGUCCUGGAGCUGAUCCCUAUGCCCAUGUUGUUGGUGAACAAGGUGGAGUAGGUGGUAAUGGUGGAGUGGGUGGUAUUGGUGGUUUUGGCGGAGUUGGUGGAAAUGGGGGAACCGGCCCUAAUGGAUCUAAUGGACCCUCAGGCCCAUCGGGACCUUCCGGACCCCAAGGACCUAAGGGACCAUUCGGACCACCAGGUCCCCCUGGACCACCCGGUCCACUUGGACCAAGCAAACCAGGCCCAGGCGGUCUUCCCGGACCAGCAGGACCACAAGCACAAGCUGACAACUCGAAGACUGGACCCAUCGGACUCCCAGGAAAACCAGGCUCAUCGAAUCCUGGCCUAUCCGGACCUCCAGGUCCACCAGGACCUCCAGGCCCAAUAUCAACUGGCUUACGUAAUCCAUAUGAUCAACCAAAGGACCAACAAUAUCAAUUCCUGAGUCAGUCUGGUUUUCCUGGGUUCGGCGCACAGGAUUCAGAAUCUGGUAACAAUUACAAAGCUCCUACAAAUUACUAUAAUCGUGAUAGCUAUUCUAAUUAUAACCCUCGUCCUUCUAAGCCAAGAUCCGAUCCUGGUGACGGUAAAUACCGUCAUAUUGAAGACGGAAAGUACUAUCAUGAUGACUCAGGUAAAUACAGCCACGUAGAAGGACCUAAAGGACCUGGUGCCUUAGCUUAUGAUCAUAUCGAUGGACCCGAAGGCGGUUUCGGAGGCGAAGGUGGAUUCGGAGGAAAUGGUGGAUUCGGAGGCAACGGUGGAUUCGGACCCGGUGGCCCAGGAGGACCCGGUGGACCAGGAGGGCCAGGAGGUCCAAAUGGACCACCCGGACCUAACGGACCACCCGGACCAAACGGACCACCUGGACCACCCGGACCACCAGGACCUCCCGGAACUUUCCCAGGAUCCCCACCAGCUAAACCAAGCCCCGGCAACAAAGGAACACCCGGAAACGGCUCACCCGGUUCUCCCGGAACACCCGGAAACCGUGGAACCCCAGGAAGCGGUAGCCCAGGCAGCCCAGGAAACCCAGGAACCCCAGGCCGUGGUAGCCCAGGCAACCCAGGAACCCCAGGCCGUGGUAGCCCAGGUAGCCCCGGAACACCAGGUCGCGGUAGCCCAGGAUCACCAGGUACCCCCGGAGACCGUCCCUAUAAUCCCCGUGAAUCAAACCGUGAAACCGAGGGUUAUUUACCACCCCUAGAUUCCCCAAAACCCCUUAACUUAGGUAAAACCUACGAACCUAGUCUAUUUCCCCCUUUAGAACAACAAAAAAAUAAAUUAAUUCCAUCCUCAUCCACUCCAAAACCAGGUUCCCUUGGACAAAAUGCCUUUGACCGUCCACCAAAAAUCGGGUUGAGUAUUCCUCCAAAUAAUAAGAACACUAGUAGUAGAAUAACCCCUUUUCCUAUUUCAACAACUACCACAACAACAACUAAACCUUUCCAAAGAAUAACCCCAACACCUACAAGAAAAACUAACCCAAAACCUAACCCAAAACCUAACCCAAACCCUAACACAAACAUAGACAAAAAAACUAUUAACACAAAUACAAAUAUUAACAAUUUUGUCGAUAACAAAAGUAAACUCACCAGCUAUCCUACAAACAUAACACCCACUACUUCCCCUAUCUCAUAUAUUAAUGUUCCUUCCCCAGACGCUAAAUGUCCAUGCUCCCAGGCCACACUAACAUCAAAUACCAUCAACAACAACAACGAUAGAAGUUCAUCGAAUUACAAACCACAAUCCUCGACCUAUAAUAAUGUAAUGCCAGCUGCACUACCCGAUAAAAUUCCGGUGUACCCACAACAACCUGGACUACCAGCUACUUUGUCUCCUAAUAAUCUGCCAGAGGGCGCUGUCAUAGCUUUUAUGCCAGUGGUUUUCUUCCCUCAUAUCAGUUCGUUGCAAGCUUGCGAUAAUCAGAAAACAACUCCUGUGAUACCGGCAGCCUUUACAAGUCCCUAUAAGUCUAAUGAACAAUGCAUGUGCCCAUGUUCCUGUACUCAAAGUCUGCCAUCGUCAAAUAGAAGAUUAAAGAAACGUUCAAAUUCUGAAAGUCAUGAGCACCACGAAGAGGGUCAUUCGCACUCUAAGGGCCAUGAACAUGAAUUUGAAGAUGAACUUGAGAUUGAUCAGUAAACUAAAAAUGAUGAUGAUGGUUAAAUGGAACUUUGUUAUAAUUUGGACCUAAAAAUAUGCAGUUUAAAAUUUUUAUUUUUAUUUUUCUUUAAUUUAAAUAAAAUUUUAACUUUCAGCAAAAAACCUUUAGAAUUUUAGACUGCAUAUUUAUCUGCGCGACUUGUUACUAUGAAAUUUGUUAAGAAAAUCUUCGGCAAAAUUGUAAAAGGAAACAGAACUAAACUUUCGAUAAGUUAAGUUGUUGAUGCUUUCGUUGAUUAUUCGCCCUCUCUUCCACCUCUACUUUAUAAAAAAUACACACAUACACACAUAACCAACUAAUAAUAAUACACUUUCUCUAUAAAUCUUAAUCUAAAUUUAAAUCUUAAAAAAAAAUCUUUGUUCAUAAUUUAUAAAAAAAAAAAACAUCUUUAUGUA